UAAAAAGGAAUCAUUUAGCUUAGUCAUUUCAAGUAAACAAGAUGGAGAGGAACUGAUGCAAAUGUCACAUGUCACGCGUGACUUAAUUUAAUUGCGUGACCGACCGACAAACCACUCCUCCAAUAUGGCGUCCUCUAGGACAGAAGAAAGUGCAUUCAAAAUGGACAUCCACAUCACAAGAUUCGAGGAUUCCUCGCCAGUGUUCUUUAAAGUUGAUGGGGAAAGGUUUAAGGAGACUCAGACUCUGAAACUACAAGUGGACACGUCGUAUAAACUUUCAUUUGAGUUUCGUCCAUCGAAGGAAGUGAGUGAAAUUUCUAUUGGUGGAGGAAAUGUUAAGCAUGAACUCAAGAGAACUGAUGAAAGAUCUUCGGUGUAUGAAUGCUCAUGGUCUACAAAUGGGAUGAGUACAUCCAAAAAUAAAGACAGACUUUACAUGAUAAUUUUUGUGAAGUUUCAAGAUGGCAAAGAGAUGAAUGCCAGAGUACAAUGCAAAAUGUAUUCCCUGAAGGAAAAGGAUCAUGUCAAGUGGGGGACAUGCUUGAAGAACCUGCAAAUCGAUUGUAAAGUGCGAGAUGGGCAGAAUGUUGUUGAUGUUAAACAGGUUUUAUGCAAGUGAUCAAGUGCCAACAUGAUUCCUGUCAAUUUUAAAUGGUUUCCUUAACUAAAAAAUAGCCAAUUGCAAGUCUAGGUUUUGUUUAUUACCAAGAAGGUAUGGCUACUUGGCCUAGCCAAUUGGUCAACUCACCUGGUGUUUGUGGUCUGUAAAUGUUACAUGUUUCCAAGUUUAAUAUCCACAAAAUGGGUGAACAAUUUAGGUUUUCUCAAUGACAUUCAAAAUUUUAAAUACAUGUUUAGAAAAAAUAAAGUAUUAUCAAUUGUAUUUUUAUCUUUAAAAUGUUUGUAAAAUAUAGAAUAUGAACAGAUUUCUUCAAGUUACAAGAGAGAGAAAAACUUGGAAAACACUAUUGCUCAAUUUUGUACCAUUUUUCAAAUGUCUUUGACAUCUUUUCAGUAAAGCAUUGUGAAGCAUUA